AUGUCCUUCGAACUAAUAUCCGAGCGUUUGAAAGCUCUGCAGGAGUCAAAUACACAAUUAAAGGAGCUCAUCAAUCGGCUUGCGACGAUCAAUUUCCAGCCUGGAUCCGUACCUCUCGGAGGCGAUGACGAUGACAAUGUUAUCCAGGAACUUGCGGCGGAGAUACACCAGCUGAUACGAGAGGAAGAUGAGGAUUUCGAACUUUUGAAUGAGGAGGUUGAGGAGCUGGAUGAAGGCAAGAGAGGAAGUGAGAUGGAGCAGCAGAAGGUGGAGCUUAAGGGAGCGGUUAUGAGGGGAAUGAGGGAGCUUAAAUUAUGUCAGACUUCCUUCCGCAAAGCUCAAAUAUCAGCAAAGCGCAGUCUGGAAGCUGCACAGCGCGCCGAACGAGACCUUCUGCUUCAAUCAUACCUCGAACCACGGAGCGAUACCUCGUCUCCUGUACCUGGACAACAUCGUCGACCCCGAGAAAAUGUAGAGCUUUCGAAAGACGAGAAGACCGUGAACGCUAGCAGUGAUGUGACGAUAGCUCUUAGACGGACACAUGACAUGAUGGCUUCUGAACUCGCACGCUCAAAGUUUGCUCAUGAGACGUUACAGGAAUCAACCGCUGCAUUGGCCCAACUUUCCGAGACAUAUUCUACACUAGAUACUUUACUCUCGAGCUCGAAGAACUUGCUGGGAACGCUACUGCGCAGUCAGAAGAGCGAUACAUGGUACCUCGAGACGGCAUUUUAUAUCCUACUUAUGACGAUCGUAUGGCUGGUUUGGAGGAGGCUGCUUUAUGGACCUACAUGGUGGCUGGUGUGGUUUCCUAUGAAGAUGUUUAUCAAAGGAUGGAUGGGUGUAUUCACGAUCAUGGGGUUGCUGGAUGGGGAUCCGACGAGUAUUAGUGUAAGUGUUAGUCCCAUUAUGAGCUCUAUAGUGAGCCAUGCAACGGUCGUGCAUAGCAGUGGAACGAGAGGUCCCAGACCAACUGGCGGACCGCCUGGAGCGCAACAUGUUCAGGUUGGUGGUGGUGGGAGGGGAGCACCGCUGAGACAAGGCCAGGAGAGUGUACCUGGAAGUUCUGGGGACAGUAUGUCUGAACAAGUUGGGAGGAUUAUUGAUGAGAGUCGAAAUCAGGACGAUACGGAUGAGAAGCCUGGUGAGGGAUCUGAGGAAGGAGAACUGGCAGCUGAAGAAGCUGAGCCGAGGAAUCCUAAGAAGAGGAUGUGGGAAGAGCCAGUGGAGGCUGAGAAGCAAGCUGCAAAGGAGGCUGAAAAGAAACAUGAUGAGCUGUAA